UCACCGCUGCAAUACAUACACACAAAGACACAUCCCAGAAUGGCCGGCAAAUCCAGACCGAAUUUGAAGUUCACGCUUCAUAAGGAACCCGAGCCGGAAAUUGUGCCACCACGGAAUUUAGACUCGAGUACCACAAUUAAAAUUGGUGAUCGAACCUUCGAAAUUAAUGCUGACAGCUUAGAGAAAAUCGCAGAUUUGGGUCGUGGUGCAUAUGGCGUUGUAGAAAAAAUGCGACACGAACAGACUGGCACGGUUAUGGCUGUAAAACGUAUCACAGCAACUGUAAAUCGAAAAGAACAAAAACGCUUACUAAUGGAUUUAGAUAUUUCCAUGCGUUCGAGCGAUUGUCCCUACACAGUGCAUUUUUAUGGAGCACUCUUUCGAGAAGGUGACGUUUGGAUAUGUAUGGAAGUAAUGGAUACAAGCUUAGACAAAUUCUAUCCGAAGGUGUUCAAAAACAAUUUAACUAUGGAGGAAAGCGUUUUGGGAAAAAUUGCCAUGUCAGUCGUGAAUGCACUACACUACCUGCACGCACAACUUAAAGUUAUUCAUCGCGAUGUAAAGCCGUCAAAUAUUUUGAUCAAUCGCAGUGGUGAAGUGAAGAUGUGCGAUUUUGGUAUCUCUGGUUACUUGGUUGAUUCUGUUGCUAAAACGAUCGAUGCUGGCUGCAAACCAUACAUGGCACCCGAGCGAAUUGAUCCAACAGGCAAUCCUGCUCAAUAUGACAUACGUUCUGAUGUCUGGUCGCUGGGUAUCAGUAUGAUUGAAAUGGCAACUGGCCGGUUCCCUUAUAACUCCUGGAAAACGCCUUUUGAGCAGUUAAAACAGGUCGUGAAUGAGAGUCCACCACGUCUUGAACCUGGCAAGUUUUCACCCGAGUUCGAAGACUUCAUAAUUAAGUGUUUACAGAAAAACUAUACAGCGCGUCCCAAUUAUGAACAACUGCUUAAACACGAUUUUAUUGUUGAGCACAUAGAGCGCGAUACAGAUAUUUCGGAAUUUGUGUCGAGAAUAUUGGAUUUGCCGGAAUAAUCUGUUCAUGCGCGAGCAGUAUAUUUUCACUAAAGCUUCAAUGCAUCUAAAUUGUAAACUAAAAUAGUGGUUAAGUAAACGAUUAAACAAAAGCGAUUAAAUUUCCUUGAGGCCUU